AUGGCAGAAGCUGGUGGUAACAUGGACCUGGAAAGCCAAGCUGAGGGGAAGAAGGAGGUGGAAGCUGAUGAUGUGAUGAGGAGUGGCCCGCGACCCAUCGUCCCAUACAGCUCCAUGUUCUGUUUAAGCCCCACCAACCUGCUCCGCCGCUUCUGCCAUUAUAUCGUGACCAUGCGGUACUUUGAGAUGGUCAUUCUCGUGGUCAUCGCCCUGAGCAGCAUUGCCCUGGCUGCCGAGGAUCCAGUGCGGACAGACUCGCCCAGGAAUAACGCUCUGAAGUACAUGGACUACAUUUUCACAGGCGUCUUCACCUUUGAGAUGGUGAUCAAGAUGAUUGAUUUGGGACUGCUCCUACACCCUGGGGCCUACUUCCGGGACUUAUGGAAUAUUCUGGACUUCAUCGUGGUCAGUGGGGCCCUGGUGGCAUUUGCCUUCUCGAGCUUCAUGGGAGGAUCCAAAGGGAAAGACAUCAAUACCAUCAAGUCCCUGAGAGUCUUGCGUGUCCUGCGGCCCCUCAAGACCAUAAAACGGCUGCCUAAGCUCAAGGCUGUGUUUGACUGUGUGGUGAACUCGCUGAAGAAUGUCCUCAACAUCCUGGUCGUCUACAUGCUCUUCAUGUUCAUAUUUGCUGUCAUUGCGGUGCAGCUCUUCAAAGGGAAGUUUUUCUACUGCACGGAUGAGUCUAAGGGGCUGGAGAGGGACUGCCGGGGUCAGUAUUUGGAUUAUGAGAAGGAGGAGGUGGAAGCUCAGCCCCGGCAGUGGAAGAAAUACGACUUUCACUACGACAAUGUGCUCUGGGCUCUGCUGACACUGUUCACAGUGUCCACAGGAGAAGGGUGGCCCAUGGUCCUGAAACACUCUGUGGACGCCACCUAUGAGGAGCAAGGCCCAAGCCCCGGGUACCGCAUGGAGCUGUCCAUCUUCUACGUGGUCUACUUUGUGGUCUUCCCCUUCUUCUUCGUUAACAUCUUUGUGGCCUUGAUCAUCAUCACCUUCCAGGAGCAGGGGGACAAGGUGAUGUCUGAAUGCAGCCUGGAGAAGAACGAGAGGGCUUGCAUCGACUUCGCCAUUAGUGCCAAGCCCCUGACGCGGUACAUGCCCCAGGACAAGCAGUCAUUCCAGUACAAGACAUGGACUUUUGUGGUCUCGCCUCCCUUCGAGUACUUCAUCAUGGCCAUGAUCGCCCUCAACACAGUGGUGCUAAUGAUGAAGUUCUAUGACGCACCGUAUGAAUAUGAGCUAAUGUUGAAAUGCCUGAACAUUGUGUUCACAUCCAUGUUCUCCAUGGAAUGCGUGCUGAAGAUCAUCGCUUUUGGGGUGCUGAACUAUUUCAGAGAUGCCUGGAAUGUCUUUGACUUUGUCACUGUGUUGGGAAGUAUUACUGAUAUUUUAGUAACAGAGAUUGCGAACAAUUUCAUCAACCUCAGCUUUCUCCGCCUCUUCCGUGCUGCCCGGCUCAUCAAGCUGCUGCGCCAGGGCUAUACCAUCCGCAUCCUGCUGUGGACCUUCGUCCAGUCCUUCAAGGCCCUGCCCUACGUGUGUCUGCUCAUCGCCAUGCUGUUCUUCAUCUACGCCAUCAUCGGCAUGCAGGUUUUUGGAAACAUUGCCCUGGAUGAUGACACCAGCAUCAACCGACACAACAACUUCAGGACGUUUUUACAAGCCUUGAUGCUGUUGUUCAGUGGGCGCAUCAGUUACAAUGACAUGUUUGAGAUGCUGAAACACAUGUCCCCACCCCUGGGGCUGGGGAAGAAAUGCCCUGCUCGAGUAGCAUACAAGCGCCUGGUCCGCAUGAACAUGCCCAUCUCCAAUGAGGACAUGACUGUCCACUUCACAUCCACGCUGAUGGCCCUCAUUCGGACUGCACUGGAGAUCAAGCUGGCUCCAGCCGGCACCAAGCAGCAUCAGUGUGAUGCAGAAUUGAGGAAGGAGAUUUCCUCUGUGUGGGCCAAUCUGCCCCAGAAGACCCUGGAUUUACUGGUGCCACCCCAUAAACCCGAUGAGAUGACCGUAGGAAAAGUGUAUGCAGCUCUGAUGAUAUUUGACUUCUACAAACAGAACAAGACCACCAGAGACCAGAUUCACCAGGCCACGGGAGGCCUGUCCCAGAUGGGCCCUGUGUCCCUGUUCCACCCUCUGAAGGCCACGCUGGAGCAGACACAGCCGGCUGUGCUCCGAGGAGCCCGGGUUUUCCUUCGGCAGAAGAGCUCUGCGUCCCUCAGCAACGGCGGGGCCGUACAAACCCAGGAGAGUGGCAUCAAGGAGUCUGUUUCCUGGGGUACUCAGAGGACCCAGGAGGUACCCUAUGAGGCAAGGACACCCUUGGAGCGUGGCCACUCUACAGAGAUCCCAGUGGUGGCGCCAGGAAAACCGGCUGUGGAUGUCCAGAUGCAGAGCAUGGCCCUGAGAGGUCCUGACGGGGAGCCCCAACCCGGACUGGAGAGCCAGGGACGAGCGGCCUCCAUGCCCCGCCUGGCUGCAGAGACUCAGCCGGCCCCCAGCGCCAGCCCCAUGAAGCGCUCCAUCUCCACACUGGCGCCCCAGCGUCCCCACAUGGCUCAUCUCUGCAGCGCUGCCCUGGACCGCGCCCCGGCCAGCCAGGCUGCGCCCCAUCACCACCACCGCUGCCAUCGCCGCAGGGACAGGAAGCAGAAGUUCUUGGAGAAGGGGCCCAGCCUGUCCGCAGACACAGAUGGCGCACCCAGCAGUGUUGCAGGGCCAGGCCCACCCCCGGGAGAGGGGCCCACAGGCUGCCGGAGAGAGCGCAGGCAGGAGCGGGGCCGGUCCCAAGAGCGGAGGCAGCCCUCUUCCUCUUCCUCGGAGAAGCAGCGUUUCUACUCCUGUGACCGCUUUGGGGGCCGGGAGCCCUCGCAGCCCAAACCCUCCCUCAGCAGCCACCCCACGUCACCAACAGCUGGGCAGGAGCCAGGACCCCCGAGACCGGGUGGUGGUUCCGUGAACGGGAGCCCCUUGUUGUCAACAUCCGGUGCUAGCACUCCUGGCCGUGGUGGGCGGAGGCAGCUCCCCCAGACUCCGCUGACCCCCCGUCCCAGUGUCACCUACAAGACGGCCAACUCCUCGCCUGUCCACUUUGCUGGGGCGCAGACCAGCCUCCCCACCUUUUCCCCGGGCCGGCUUAGCCGGGGCCUUUCCGAACACAACGCUCUGCUCCAGAGAGACCCCCUCAGCCAGCCUCUGGCCGCCGGCUCUAGGAUCGGCUCUGACCCUUACCUGGGGCAGCGUCUGGACAGUGAGGACACUGCCCGCACCCAGCCCGAGGACACGCUUACCUUCGAGGAGGCUGUGGCCACCAACUCAGGCCGCUCCUCCCGGACUUCCUACGUGUCCUCUCUGACCUCCCAGUCACACCCCCUCCGCCGCGUGCCCAACGGCUACCACUGCACUCUGGGACUCAGCUCGGGCGGCCGCGUUCGGCAUAGCUACCACCACCCCGACCAAGACCACUGGUGCUAGCCGCGCUGCCUCCGCCACGCACCUGCUCAGCGGGCGCGUUCCAGUCGAUGAGUUCUAUCAUCCACGCUGGGCUCCCAGGGACGCUCCGGGGCACCGAGGCAGGGGCAGCAGCCCCUGGGAGGAGGGGCCCCGCCUUGGGGGCCCUCUGGGGGGAGGCCCCGCUGCUCCCCCCCACCCGCCUCCUCUUUCACGCUGGACCAAUUCCUAAAGCCCUGCCGGAGAGGGACGUGGCUCUCUCUGUCCCCUUGUAUGCUGCCUGCCUGGGUCUCAUACCACAGACCCUACACGGGAAGUUGCUGCCUGUGCUGAGUGGGACCUGUCAGUCUGAACCCUGUGUGAUGGCUCCCAGCGUCUGGAGUGUGUGCCCGGGGCCACUUUUAGGAGGUCUGGAUCUGGUAGAGGCCAUCCUUUAUCCAAGUGUGUGGUACGGAGCCUGGCAUGUUUAAACGCCUGGCCAGACAAGAUAGAGUUGAUGGUCAACAGUAGUAGCCUUGGGAGCCCGGCCUGUGGCUCCUUGCAUUCUUGUCGGCGCCCACAAACACAAACACAUCCAGCGUGGCUCUUUGUACCUGAAACAGCAGAUGGACACCAGAAAUACACUCACACACUCUCUGUCCUCUCCCAGAUGCUGUCAACCUUGACAGGGACCAAAUCUGGAAAACACUCUUGCUGUUGGUUUUGGUUUUUAAUCGAAACACCCUUCCCUCUUUUGUCAAUUCCAUAUACUUGAUCUAGAAAGAAGAGCAAAACAGAAAAAUGGGGAAGGAAAUAGUAACAGAACUUAAAAAAAAUCCAACCUGUAGGAAGCUCUCAGCUCUUUGGUGUGUGUGUGUGUGUGUGUGUGUGUGUGUGUGUGUGUGUGUGCGGCUUGUGUGAGGAGACGCUCUUGCGUCCAGCCUGGGUGGCCCCCCAGCUCCCCUGGCUUCUGCUGCUCUCGACCAAGUGCCUGACUUCCGAGCCCUCUCGUGCCAGGCUCCUGGGGGCGGUGACAUGAAGCUUGUGUGAAGCGUGGGUGAAUCCUUGGAACUGUUUCCAGUUCCAAAUAUCAACCAAGUAGAAAGCUGGUGUCCAUGGAGAACACUCAUAUAACAUCCAGUGGGACGGUUGUAGUUGGAAACGAAGCGACCAUUUCCCUGUUUUCCUCCCACGAGUGGAAGGGUUUCCUGGGAAGCCACAGAGCAGUGUAGAGCGUGUCCUUGUAUGGGGUGUUUUCAGUCUGUUCUACAUCUGAAUCUCAGGGACGGGAUGCCUGCCAAAGGGGGCAUGGUAUCUGUUGUCGUGAAAGUUUCUUUUCAGAUAAGGCCAGAGAGAGGGAGAGGUCGUGGGAAGAGGGAGAGGUGGGGGAGUGGAGAUGGACCCAUUGGGGCAGGAGGGAGGGCCUGUGUCUGCGGGUGCGGGCACUUGGGAUGCCCCGACUGAAAUGAGGUCAAAACUCGGAGGAAGCUAUGGGGCAAGGAGAAGCUUGGCGACUGAGGCUCAGGUAGGAGCCAUCUGAAGCCCAGCACUGUGGCACAAGACAUGGGAGAGCGGGAAGCGAAAGGGAAAUCCGACCUCAUGGCCACUGUCAAAAGGGAAACACCAUAGUUAGGAGGCUGUGCAUAAAAUGCUGGGAGACCCUUUGUUUCGUGAACAAAAGGAAUAUUUAGAUGAUUAGAUUUUGGUGCAUCCUCCAUGUUUGGAAAUGUCAGAUGAUCUCUUUGCUGGAUCAUUUGAGUGUUCCCAUUGGCUGUUGCCCCAUGACUCACCUUAAAGAAACUUGGCCUGUGAUGUGUGUGUGCGUUUCUCUGUGUGGAGAUGUGUCCCAGUGAGUGGAUGUCGUUAACCCAUAGGGCUAUGCAACAAAAGACACACAUUCAAUAGAAAUAAAUCACGUAAGACCACCACCUGUUCUAGGGUUUCAGCAUGAUUGUGACCAAACCAUUUUAUAGAAUUUCCUUACUGGAAGGCACAACACUCUGAAACUUUAAGAUUACAGAGUAUUUUACUGCAAUAGGAAAUAAUAACUGGAAUGGUAUCUCAGACUCUGCAUGAGAUAGCUGUGUUCCUGUUGCAAAGCAGAAGGAUGUGUAUUUUGAUACUGAUGUUUCAUCUCUGGCCCAUGUUAUUUUGAAUGUAUCCAUUCUGUGCAGAACCACAGCUGCUUCCCAGGCCAUGUUGGGUGGAGAAUCACUGUUCUAGCCCCACACAGCCUCACCAGUCUGUCUGGAUUCUUCUAGACACUGGAAUUGGUGAAAACUACAGGGAGUGGGGGAAGAGAUACUGUGUCUUGUUUUCCUGACUUUGGGUUUUGUUUCUGUAUCGUCUCUUCUCAGCUAUCAUAUGUUUCCACUGAGAUCUCAUAGUGAGUUGCCAAAUUUGAAAUGCAUUAACCAGUUGUCUGCAUCUGGACCAGUCAAGCAGUGGCUGUAGUUUGAAUAAGUUAUGUGUGCAUGUAAAAUAUAUACAUAUAUACAUAUAUACAAGUAUGUGCAUGAAAUGUAUAUCUUCGUACUUUUUGAUACAAUGUACUCAUUUGUUAAUUUUUAAUUAUAUUUGAUAUAAAUCAAA